CCCUCCCCUCCCUCCCUCGGCCCCAGUUUGUAAUCUGACACAGCAGACUGCAGUUGUCUCUGGGUGAACCUCCCAGUCUUGGCACUGCUGCUUCUAAGGUGCCCAACCCAAAUUGCACCAGAAGCUGGGAAAUAACAGCUGAUUUCCUGGGGCGUGACCGCCUGCAAUACAACUGGAGUUCUGUGAGAAGGAAGAAGGGAAAAUGCACUGAAGGAUGCUGCCCAGGGAGACCAUCGCCUGAGACCCCAUCAUGCAGGCCUUCCCGCAAGGGCCCGGCAGCUGGACAAGGUGAAAGCAGAGUAUGCUCGACUUAAACACACGCUCACCAUAGUGACCAGAGAACGCGAUUUGGCCGUGAAGGAGAAACACCAACUCCAAGCCAAGCUGGAGAACCUAGAACAGGUCCUAAAGCACAUGCGAGAGGCCGCGGAACGGCGGCAGCAGCUGCAGUUGGAGCAUGAACAAGCCCUGGCCGUCCUCAGCGCCAAGCAGCAGGAAAUCGACCUCCUGCAGAAGGCUCAGGUUGAAGCUAAGAAAGAACACGAAGGCGCAGUGCAGCUGCUAGAGCGCAGGGCACGGGAGCUAGAGGAGAAAUGCCGCGCGCAGAGUGAGCAGUUCAGCCUGCUGUCCCGGGACCUGGGUCGGCUCCGGGAGCACGCGGGCGAGAUCGACCUGCAGGGAGGCAGCUCCCUGGACGUCCCCUCGUCCCCCGGCAAGCCCUUCCGGAGCUUCAUGAACGGACUGGCUCCCUCCGUUGGCAAAGGUCAGGAGAGCUCCGCUGGAAGCCACACUGUGAUCGGUGAAUCUAUCCGGCCCCUCCCGCUCCCAGGUGACAAGCCAGAACCUCUGUCCAUCAAGCCCACCUUUCUGUCGAGAUCUGGUGGCCCAAGAUGCAGAUUUGAAGCCGACAUGGAUAAUGAAUGGAAUUCCAGUACCGCCAAGCAGAGAUACUCGGGGAAGGUCCACUUGUGUGUCGCCCGCUAUAGUUACAACCCCUUUGACGGGCCAAAUGAGAACCCAGAGGCUGAGCUGCCCCUCACGGCGGGGAAGUACCUCUACGUCUAUGGAGACAUGGACGAGGACGGCUUCUAUGAAGGCGAGCUCCUGGACGGGCAGAGGGGCCUGGUGCCCUCCAACUUCGUGGAUUUUGUCCAGGACGAGUCUCGACUGGCAAGCACUCUGGGGAAAGACCAGGAUCAGAACUUCAUCAACCAUGCCGGCGUCGGCUCGGACGGGGAGCGCAUCCUGGACCUCCACUCCCCGACGCACACGGACUCUGGCCCCUCCGACCACGGGGCGGGGACGCUGGACACGAACAUCGAUGACAUCGGAGAAGACAUCGUGCCUUACCCUCGGAAAAUCACCCUCAUCAAACAACUUGCCAAAAGUGUCAUUGUGGGCUGGGAGCCCCCGGCGGUGCCCCCGGGCUGGGGGACUGUGGGCACCUACAAUGUGCUGGUGGACGCAGAGACGCGCCUGAGCCUGGCGCUGGGCGGCAGGACCAAGGCCCUGGUGGAGAAGCUGGACACGGCAGCCUGCACCUACCGCAUCUCCGUGCAGUGCGCCACCAGCCGGGGCAGCUCGGACGGGCUGCGCUGCACGCUGCUGGUGGGCAAGGACGUGGUAGUGGCACCGUCCCACCUGCGUGUGGACAACAUCACGCAGGUCUCCGCCCAGCUCUCCUGGAUGCCCACCAACAGCAACUACAGCCAUGUCAUCUUCCUCAACGAGCAGGAGCUGGACGUCGUCCGGGCCACCAGCUACAAGUACCAGUUCUGCAACCUCAGGCCCAACGCGGCUUACAAAGUGAAGGUCCUGGCCAAGCCCCACCAGGUGCCCUGGCAACUGCCCCUGGAGCAGAGGGAGAGGAAGGAGGCCUUCGUGGAGUUCUCCACGCUGCCGGCAGGUCCUCCCGCCCCUCCCCAGGACAUUGCCGUCCAGGCCGCAGCCACCCCAGCCACUGUCCAGGUCUCCUGGAAGCCGCCCGCGCUGACGGCCACGGGUCUGUCCAAUGGAGCCAACGUCACCGGCUACGGCGUGUAUGCCAAAGGACAGAGGGUGGCUGAGAUCAUCUCUCCCACGGCGGACAGCACGGCCGUGGAGCUGGUGCGGCUGCGGAGCCUCGAAGCCAAGGGUGUGACCGUGCGGACCCUCUCCGCCCAGGGCGAGUCCGUAGACUCUGCCACCGCUGCCAUCCCCCCCGACCUCCUGGUGCCUCCUGCCCCCCACCUGAGAACUGCUCCCACACCGAAGCCAUUAGCAAAUGCCGGAGCCCCCGAUACCAAAGAUGAACACCUGGGUCCGCACGCCGCGGCGCAUGAGGCCUGGGAGCUCGGCCGGGCGCCUGCUCCGGCCCACGGGCACCUGCUGGAGCCGCCCGGCCUGCAGGGCUCGGGCCCGGGGCGGCGGUCGCCCUCGCCCAGCCGCAUCCUUCCGCAGCCGCAGGGCGCCCCGGUCUCCACCUCCGUCGCGAAGGCCAUGGCCCGGGAAGCCGCGCAGAGGGUGGCCGAGAGCAGCAGGCUAGAGAAAAGGAGCGUCUUCCUGGACAGGAGCAGUGGGCAGUACGCAAACUCAGACGAGGAAGACAGCUACGAGUCCCCCGACGCCAAGAGGAGGGGCGCGUCGGUGGACGAGUUUCUGAAAGGCUCGGAGCUAGGCAAGCCGCCACACUGUUGCCAUGGAGACGAGUACCACACGGAGAGCAGCCGGGGGUCCGACCUCUCGGACAUCAUGGAGGAAGACGAGGAAGAACUGUGCUCGGAGAUGCAGCUGGAGGACACGGGCCGGAGGCGGCCCAGCGGCGCGGCCCGCAGUGCCCUCAAGGAGUGUUCUAAGAAUAGGACCACUGAACGUGCUUUCUUGGAGCUGCCCGAGAAUCCCCAGCAGACCCAGCAGAGUAAGAAGCUUUUCAGUAUCCCUGAAGUAGCCGAGGAGGAUGGAGAGCCCUGUGAGCUCUUGUACAAGCAGGGCUUCAGGGCCCGGACCCGGCUGGCCAGAGAGCCCAAGCCCGCCAGGCCCUGCAAGGGGCACGAGGCCCCGCUUGGCUCCCGGGUCCCUGCCAGACCCAGGGGCCCCCAGGCCGAGGACUUCGUGUUCGAAGACAGAGGCUGUCGGUUCAGCCGCUCGGCCACCAGGAGCCCGGACAGCGGCCUGGACUGUGGGUGCGAAGAGGAGGAGAUACGGUUUAGUUUCAGAAGCCCCGCUGCCCAGUGCAGCCCCGGCCCUGGGCACUGUCCCUGUAGGAGGAGCCUGAGGCCCCUGCUGGCCCGGCGCCGGACGCUGACCCGGCAGAGCAGCGUCGAAGAAGAUGUCGGGGAGCCAGCAGAGCCCGGCCAUGUCGUCAGCAGCAGUGAGGCCCGCCCGAGCCCGGAGCGGUCCACCCCCAGCAAGUGCAGCUGGGGCGAGCCCGCGGGCCAGGAGGACUUCCGGGAUGUCUGGAAGAAAAGCAUAAAAAUGUCCGACAGUAGGGCCAGUGCCCGACACGCCCAGCCUCCUCCCCGGGUUGCAGAUGGUCCUUUGAUUUUAGGAAACCCGGUGACUGCUGGACGGGCUGAUCGGGUGGAUCACGUGGGCCGGAGGUUUCCCCACGGCAGUGCCAGCCGCCACAGGUCCCGGCCAAUGAUGGUCCCGUCUGCCGAUGAGUAUGGUGGGCGGAACCGGCUUUCUCCAGACUUCUACGAAGAGUCGGAGACGGACCCUGGGGCGGAGGAGCUCCCACCUCGGAUCUUCGUGGCUCUUUUCGACUACGAUCCCCUCACCAUGUCCCCGAACCCAGAUGCUGCGGAAGAGGAGCUUCCCUUUAAAGAAGGGCAGAUCAUCAAGGUCUACGGCGAUAAAGACGCUGAUGGAUUCUACCGCGGGGAAACCUGCGCCCGGCUUGGCCUUAUUCCUUGUAACAUGGUCUCUGAAAUCCAGGCAGACGAUGAAGAGGUGAUGGAGCAGCUCCUCAGACAAGGCUUCCUCCCCCUGAACACACCUGUGGAGAAAAUAGAGAGAAACAGAAGGAGCAUCAGGCAGCCCUCGGUGGCGACGCGGAGGAUGGUUGCCCUGUACGACUACGACCCGAGGGAGAGCUCGCCCAACAUCGAUGUCGAGGCUGAACUUACAUUUUGCACUGGAGAUAUUAUUACUGUUUUUGGUGAAAUUGAUGAAGAUGGAUUUUAUUAUGGGGAGCUUAAUGGGCAGAAAGGCCUCGUACCCUCCAACUUCCUAGAAGAAGUACCUGAUGACGUAGAAGUCUAUCUUUCUGACGCGCCGCCCCACUACCCGCAGGACACGCCGACGCGCUCGAAGACGAAAAGGAAGAAGAGUGUGCAUUUCACCCCUUAAUCAGGCAAUGUAGCCUUCACGUAAGUGAGCAACUGAAGAUACCUGUAAACAUAGCAACCUAAGCUACCUGCAGUGGACCAAUGCGGUAGACUUAAGGCUUCACUGGGGGGCUAAAAAAAAGAAGAAAUAUGUCUCAAAAACUCACUGGACCUAAAGUGUUAUUGGUCUCAGUUGUAAAGCAACUGAAUUUGUAGAGAAAUAAAUCAGCUUUGAUAAUCAUUUCCUACGAUUUACGUUAAGAAUAUUUGGAAGAGGCCAACAUUGGGAACAUAUUUCUUAACAGGCUAAUUGUUUGUUUACACAGUGUUCCAAUGUCUAGUCAUAAUUCAAGCUGCAUAUUGCAUUGUUAGCCACUCUUGGGAAAAGCACAACCUACCUAAUAAAAUGUUUCCUCUGGAAAUUUUACCUAAAAAAAACCCCGCAACUCAAGAUCGAGCGGAUGAGUAGUGAACACGAGGUGAUCUAGAGUUGCCUCUGAACGCUCCCCAUGCUGCCUGGAAUGGCAGGCAGCUUUUUCGUAAGUGACCGUCCCUCUACCUUACGGGAGAGCUGAUGCGUCUCCUCAAAGCACAAGCAAGUGUCCUGAACACGCAGGCGUUUGGCUGGAAGACUGCUUUGUUGGUAUACCAAUGCAAUACCAAGUUUAAUGAAACAUGCAGCUCAAAUGAUUGCAUUAGAUGGAAUAGAUGGUAUCUUCAGGUGUACUUUGGGAUGAUUUAGUAGGUGUUCUCCAUUAGAAUUAGACCCUGAUUUUAAAUCCAAGGAAGCUUGAAGCCCCUGGGCUCCUGUCUGCCUGAUGAAUAACGAGUCCUCGUAUUAGAAAGAGCUUUGCUCUGGUGGGGUAAGGGAGCAAGAGGAAAGGUGGUGUUAUGUAAUCGCAGGCAUGCAUGCGACCGUAAACGCGGGUGAGCCCACGUCGUCAUGCCCGCGUUAGAAUACAGUUCCGCUCCUGCAAGGCACCGGGAAGCACUCGAGUGCACGGAAACCCUACCAUGUGCUCUGUAUCGACAAAAACGCACCUUUAAUACCUUGGAAACGAUGAGAGCGUACAAUAAGGGCCUUUAAGCUUUCUUUGAUUGAAAUUAAGGUUCAUUUUAUUUUUUUUAUUUAUUUUUCUUUCAACCGGUGCGCCAUCUCCAGUAUUUCUCUAGUAUACUAACCCAGGAAUGUACUCAACGUCAGGAUCUCACAUGCCCAAGUAGUUUUCAAAUUCGAAAUUCCCCUUAAGAACUUUUGCUUUUAAGAUUACUGACGGGUACUCAGCCAGGCUUACUCUCUACCUAAUUCAAAAUGACUCCUUCUUCCUGCUUCUGGUCUUAAGUUACAAAGUCAGUGAUUACCCAGCUCUGUGUUGCCAGAGCAAUGGCCACUCCCUCCCCUGAACACAAAGAAACCGAAAACCCCACACUGCUGGCCCUCUGUCUGGGGGCCCUCAGACCCCCCCUCUGAGCUAUGCCGUGGGAGGGGCCGUGUGCCUCUCACGGGAUACUUCAACCCUUCAGAGAAGAAACGAACCACGCUCACCUUGCCUGGUGGGAAGCGGGGCCGUGUGGCGUCACUGAUGCUGCGCGGCGAGCGGAGGGGUGCUGCCGGCGCUCGCGCACUCAGUGACCUGUACCAAUGUGCCUACUAGGUUCCUCCUGAGGGUUCAGGUACAGCCAGGAGAGUACCAUCUCCCACAGCCCAUCUCCAUUCUGGGCCACCUACGUCAUCUAUGGGUACUGGUAGUCCUGGGAGAGGCAGGGAAAUGUCCUCGAGAAAGAAAAAGGGGCUGC